UUGCAAGAAAGACAAAGAAUCUCUAGUGGACCUGUGGGAAGGCUGCAAAAAGGUUUUGUGGUGUGCAGUGAAAGGUCAAAGCGACGAAAAACUCAAGAAUUAAGAAGUAGUACAGGAAUUAAGAAGGAGUUAAAAUAUGCAGCUAAAAUUAAGCUUAGAUCAGAAGGUAAUGUUAAAGCUGCAAAACUUUUAGCUGACAUUGCUAUAAACAAUGACUCAGCGAAAAAUUAUAUUGAGAAAGACGAUGUUAAGAUUGCAAAACUAACAGAAGACAAAGCACUUUCUUCACUUACUAAUGCUAAACUAACUAAAUAUCAGUCUAACAUUAUUAGAAGUAAUACCCUUGAAGAAAAUUGUUACCAAUAUCCCAAUUACGAAAGCAUAAUGAAGGCAAUAAAAUGCUGCUAUCCUGGUAACAUCCUAAUAACUGAGAGUCCAGCAGAAGUACCUCUUCAGGAUCUCGUCGAUCACACACUAAGAAGGUUAGCUAUAUCACUCAUUUACGUACUUUCUAGAGUAGAAAAAAGUAAAUUAGAGAACAUGUGGCUCAUAAGUAAAUGGGGCUGUGAGGUUACUUCCGGCCAGGCUGAAUAUAAGCAGUUAUUUGAAAAUGCAGAUAUAUCUGAUGAUUUUUGGAUUAAAGGUGCCGGUGCCGGAUUAGGGUGA